AUGCAGCAAACGACGAUUUCAUCAGUUCAGUACAAUUUCCAGCCCUCAUCAGCCAUUAAUUCGCAAUAUGAGCGAAUGAGUACAGAUGCUGCUACAGAUCAGCUUUGCCAGAACAUAUCAUCUAUUACGGUCAGUGAUAAAGAAAAUGGGAUGAAUGAGAUGCACUGGUGUUCUCCUUGUAACCAGUAUACUGACAAUUCAGGUUACACCUACACAAAUCCAGCGGAACAUCAACUAAUGGCUUGUGAUAGCUGUGUACAACAAUGCGAAGUGUCACAUGUCAACAGAUUGAGAAAUGGUGAAUGUUGGGAUAGCUACGAAUGCUAUGGCUUAAACAACAAUAUUGAAUUAAUGCAGCCGACAUUGUUCUAUUUACUGACAUCGGGUUGCAUUUCAAAUUUCGGCAAGGACGAAAAAGGCAGCCGAUUCGUGCAAGAAGAAUUUGCAAAAAGCUCUCCAGCGGUUCGUCAAAUGAUGUUUGACUACCUUUUCGAAAGAGGUGGAUUUGACUGGUUCUCCAAUGAUCCACAUGGAAAUUUUAUCAUUCAAAAGAUAACAAUGGAAGCCUUUCCUGGUAUAGAACAAGCUAGAGUCGCUGAGCAUGUCGCAAAUAAAGUGGUCAAAAUGUGCUCCAACCGUUAUGGAAGCAGGAUCAUGCAGCGUAUUUUCGAAAGGUUUGAUUUCGGGUACAGAGUCGAACUUCUCAAUAAGCUCAGUGGGUCGGAGUGUUUCCUAGCGGUUGACAGUUGUGCUACCCAUGUUAUGCAGAAGUUGUUUGCUCUUUUUCCACCAACAAAAUAUAGCUUUAUCGUGAUAGCGCUUACACUUUCGAAAGAGAAUUUCAAGCAAGUUGUUCAAAACAAAUAUGGAUGCCGCGUUAUUCAGUCUGCUUUGGAGGAACUUGAAAUAUCAGCAUGUACCACGCGCUGUGCCAAUACUCCAAAUGAAUUCAAGGCAGCAAGACGACUUUUGAAUAAACUAUUGCGACGACUAACAGAGAACUGCAUGGAGUUUAUAGAUCAUCAAUUUGCGAAUUACGUCAUGCAGCACGUUAUUACUUCAGAAUUCCAUCCUGAAGCUCGAGAUUACAUUAUUAAGCAUGCUAUUCUAAGCAAUGUGUUAACGCUAUCACAAGAAAAAUUCGCUUCUCAUGUCGUAGAAAAGUCAUUGCAAUAUGCAUCGCCGAAAGUAUUGCAUUGUUUGAUGAGUGAAAUUUUUGAUGGUUAUGUCAAGGAUGACAAAGGGCGUGAUGCGCUUGAUAUAAUGCUAUUUGAUCAGUAUGGCAACUAUGUUGUGCAAACAAUGAUUAACGUAUCAAUUGACGUACACGAUGACAGACGUGAAGGUGACCUGAUAUGGUUGGCUCGCCUCUCUGAACGAAUCUCUCGACAUGAAUCUCGGCUCUUGAGAUAUUCGUCUGGUAAAAAAAUAAUCGAAAAGAUGAAACAGUGUGCCGUUUGA